UUGGACAGGAAAUAGAUGGUGACAGUGCAUCUGUGUAGGGCUGAUGUACAGAAAAUUGCAGGAAGUACAGUAUUACCAGUGGCUGAUGUACAGAAAAUUGCAGGAAGUACAGUAUUACCAGUGGCUGGUGUACAGAAAAUUGCAAGAAGUGCAGUAAUGCCAGUGGUUAUACCAUCCCUAGAAGAGUUGAAAACAAAAACAGAAAUAGAACUUGAAGAUAUGUACCAUGGAUUUCUGAACAAUGUUCAGGUGAAGUGUAACAAGAUAGUGCGUGUUGGUUCCAUUGGUGACGGAGGAUGGAAUGUUUGUUUGGAUGUCAAAUGGUAUCCCACGAAGCCUUGCUUGGUAUACUCAUUUGGGAUUGGUAGGGAUUCGACUUUUGAUGUUGGCAUGAAAAAUAUCUUUGGCUGUGAAGUACAUUCCUUUGACCCAUUUGAAAAGAAAAUUCCAAAUCGUGAAUUGUUAAAUUUCCAUGAUAUCGGAAUAAGUAACAAAUCAGGCAUUGACGGAGGCAGACAGUUUAUGACACUACGAGACACUCGCAAGCAUUUAAAUCACACAAAUAAGGAUAUCAGUAUUUUGAAAAUGGAUGUAGAAAGCUCAGAAUGGCGCUUUCUGACGGCGAACUAAAUCAUGUGAAACAACUAGCAAUUGAGUUUCACUUAACUAGAAAACAAUCGUUUUUCAUUUAUGCUCUUGAUAUUAUCAAGAAUCUGAUGGAUUUUAAUUUCCGUAUAUACCACACAGAAAAGAAUAAUAACUGCAAAUACAUAAAUUCCAGAAAGAUGAAACUGACAAAGUGUCAGAACGUCCACAUGA